GGGCGGGAGGGGCGUGGCCACCGGCGGAAAGAGGGCGUGGCCUCCGCCGCCAUGAGGCCGCCGCCGCCGCCGCCGCCGCCCGGGGGGAUCCUGAGGCGGGGGGGGCGCGGGGGGGCGCGACCGGCAGGUGCGGUUCGCGCCCAGCGCCGCCAUCCCGCCCGAGGAGGAGGAGGAGGAUGAUGAUGAAGAUGAGGAGGAUGAAGAGCGCGGCCCGGUGCUGGCGACCCCCACCCCGCACAGCACCCGCGGGGGUCCCGGUGCGGCCCCCCCGGGCCCGUUCGACGCCCCCGGGGCGGCGGCCGCGCUCCUGGGCCGCUCCUUCGCCGCCCGCUCGGCGCUGGGGGGGGGCGGCGGCCGCCGCCAUGAACGUCCCCCCCGCCCGGCGCCUCUUCCGCGGCCUCGUCAGCCUGGCCGUGCCCCGCCCCCCGCGCGCGCCGCGCAGGGCGGGGCCGCCCGCCGGACACGCCCCCCAGGUCCCGGGGCCCUGCCCGGCCGUGCUCUCCCUCCCGGUGACCGGGGGGUCCCCGUGGCUGCCCCCCCCCGCGCCCCCCGAGCCCCCCCGGGCCCGCCCGUGCCCCCCGGGCGCCGCGGGGGCCAUGCAGCGCAAGCGGCUGCAGUGGGGAGGGGGCUAGGGGGGGCACAACCCCAAAUCCCCCCUUUUCUACCCCAAAAUCCCCUUCUGUACCCCAAAAUCCCCCUUUUUUACCCCAAAAUCCCCUUCUGUACCCCAAAAUCCCCCUUUUUUACCCCAAAAAUCUCCCAAAGUCCUGCCUUUUGACCCCAAAAUCCCCCUUUUCUACCCCAAAAUCCCCCUUUGUACCCCAAAAUCCCCCUUUUCUACCCCAAAAUCCCCCUUUGUACCCCAAAAUCCCCCUUUGUACCCCAAAAUCCCCUUUUCUACCCCAAAAUCCCCUUCUGUACCCCAAAAUCCCCCUUUUUUACCCCAAAAAUCUCCUAAAAUUUUCCCUUUUGACCCCAAAAUCUCCCUUUGUACCCUAAAAUCCCCCUUUUCUACCCCAAAAUCCCCUUUUCUACCCCAAAAUCCCCUUUUGUACCCCAAAAUCCCCCUUUUUUACCCCAAAAAUCUCCUAAAAUCUUCCCUUUUGACCCCAAAAUCCCCCUUUUCUACCCCAAAAUCCCCCUUUGUACCCUAAAAUCCCCCUUUUCUACCCCCAAAAUCUCCCUUCCCCCCCCCAAAAAAAAAAUCUCCCAAAAUCCCUUUUUACCCCCCAUAAUGUCCCCAAAUCCUUUCUACCCCAAAAUCCCCCCUUUUUACCACAAAAACCUCCCUUAUUCCCCCCUUUCAACCCCAAAAUCCCCACUUUUUACCCCCAAAAAUCCUUUUUAUCCCUAAAAAUCUCCCAAAAUCCACCUUUUACCCCAAAAUUCCCCCUUUUUACACCAAAAUCCCCAUUUUUGCUACAAAAAUCUCCCAAAAUCCCCUCUCUUUAAUCCCAAAAUCCCUUUUCUACCUAAAAAUGCCCUUUUUACCCCCAAAAAAUCCCCCAAAAUCCCUUUUUACCCCCUUAAAAUCUCCCUUUCCCCCCCAAAACCCCCUUUUUACCCCCAAAACCUCCCUAAAACCCCCCCUUUUACCCCAAAUGCCAAUUUUUCCCCCCCAAACCCUAUUUUUUUCCCAAAACAAUCUCUCCCCCCGCCAAAAUCCCCAUUUUUCCCCCCAAAAUCUCCAUUUUUUCCCCCAAAAUUCCUUUUUCCUUCCCAAAAUCUCCAUUUCCUCCCCCGAAAUCUUCAUUUUUAUCCCCCAAAUCCCCCUUUCCCCCCCCAAAAUCUGAAUUUCCCCCCCAAAAUCCCCAUUUUUCCCCUUAAAAUCUUUUUUUUUUCCCCAAAACCCCCCCUUUUUCCCACCCAAAACCUCCAUAAUUUCCUUUUUCUCCCCAAAAUCUCCAUUUUUUCCCCCAAAAUCUCCGUUUUCCCCCAACCAAUAAACGCGCCCCCUCCCCAAAAGACCCCCCA